AAGCUCCCGUGGGUCCCCGGUUCCAAGGAUCAGCGAGGUUUCUUGUCCCGGCUCAAGUCUUCACCUCUGGACCGGAAUGCGGAGUCCGAUCCCCGCAGCUCGCCCGCUGCCACCGCACCUCGCCCGCUGAGCCUGGAGCGCCGGAAGACCCCGAGAGCGGCUCAUGGACGAGGCGGGCUCCCCGGCUCCUGCAGGGACAGGAGGAGGUGACUGUUUUCAGCGCGUAGCUCGCCAUGGGCUUAGGGCCUGUGUCUUUAGGAUAUAAUGGCUUAGCUUGUUUUGUUGUUGUUGCUGCCGCUGCUGUUGUUGUUUCUGAGACCUUCAAGCAGGGUGAUGACCCUGGAGGAAGUACAAGAGAGACAUCCCGGCGACUGUCAAGAGAACAGAUUUUUGUGCUGGUAUCAGCAGCAAGCAUGAACUUGGGUUGCAUGAUGACCUAUUCCAUCCUUGGACCAUUUUUCCCUAAGGAGGCAGAAAAGAAGGGAGCCAGCAACACCAUGAUUGGAAUGAUCUUCGGAUGCUAUGCGUUAUUUGAAUUGCUGGCAUCUUUGGUGUUUGGAAAAUACCUUGUACACAUUGGAGCCAAAUUUAUGUUUAUAGCAGGAAUGUUUGUCUCAGGAGGAGUUACAAUUCUCUUUGGUGUGUUGGAUCAACUUCCGGAAGGACCGAUAUUCAUUGCCAUGUGUUUUCUGGUGAGAAUAGUAGACGCCAUAGGCUUUGGUGCGGCCAUAACAGCAUCGUCAUCCAUCCUUGCUAAGGCUUUCCCAAACAAUGUGGCUACAGUCAUGGGAAGUCUUGAGGUUUUUUCUGGACUGGGGCUGGUAGCAGGCCCCCCUUUAGGUGGCCUUUUGUAUCAAUCCUUUGGCUACGAGGUACCCUUUAUUUUUCUGGGGUGCAUAGUCCUGCUGAUGAUACCACUCAACCUAUACAUUUUGCCUAGUUAUGAGUCCGAUCCAGGGAAGCAGUCCUUCUGGAAACUUGUCACCUUACCCAAGAUGGGCCUCCUAGCCUUCGUGAUCAUCUCUCUCAGCUCCUGCUUCGGCUUCCUGGACCCAACCCUGUCUCUCUUUGUCAUGGAGAAGUUCAGUCUGUCAACUGGAUACGUGGGCCUGGUCUUCCUGGGUCUGUCUCUAUCCUACGCCAUUUCUUCGCCGCUGUUUGGUCUACUCAGCGAUAAGAUGCCUACUCUAAGGAAAUGGCUUCUGGUUUUUGGAAACUUAAUUACAGCUGGGUGCUACAUGCUCUUAGGACCUGUUCCUCUUCUGCACAUCAAAAGUCAGCUCUGGCUUCUUGUGUUGGUGUUGGUUGUAAAUGGCAUCUCCGCUGGAAUGAGCAUCAUCCCGACCUUCCCAGAGAUGCUCAGCUGUGCAUAUGCAAAUGGAUUUGAAGACAGCAUAAGUACGCUGGGACUUGUAUCUGGUCUUUUUGGUGCCAUGUGGUCAGUUGGAGCUUUCAUGGGACCUAUCCUGGGCGGAUUUCUGUGUGAGAAAAUUGGUUUCGAGUGGGCAGCAGCUAUGCAAGGCUUAUGGACUCUGCUAAGUGGUGUUUCGAUGGCCUUAUUUUAUCUCUGGGAGGACUCAACGGCAAGAAGAAGAUCUAAAGCUCAGAACAGCCUUGGCACAGAGGAGGAACGAGCUGCUCUCUUGCCCAAUGACACCUAGCCUUGAGAGCUCUGGAUUGAUCCAGAUCCAGAGACAGGUGCCUUGACUGUGACUGCAGUGGCUGGAGGAGCUUCCUGUGAUCCGUGCUUCCUGCACCCACACCCUGGAAGUGUCAAGCUGCAUUUACAUGACCGGGAGCCAUUCUCUGCUUCCUGUAGUUCCAGAAAGCUGGCUCACCAAGGCAACAUCUAUGAGAAAGGGCAAACCAGCCAACCGGAGCAGUGUUUCUAAAAGACCGACCUUGCCCGUCAGGUUUUUAUUGACCGUCUUUGCUUUCUUAUUCUUGUGUUCACUUUUCACCCCAAGUUCACUCCAAAGUGUUGUGGAUGUACGUCUUAAAAUGAAGCUAUUUAAUUCACAUUGAACAUAUAAAAUAGAACGAAUAAUUUCAUGAAACCGGUUUUGAAAGAUGGCCUUCCUCUACACUGAAGUUUGUACUCGUCAAAAAGGCAAAAUUCCUGCCUACCAUAUAAAAACUCCAGAGCAUUUCUUUUUUUUUUCUUCAACAUUUUUUUUUAAUUAGGUAUUUUCCUCAUUUACAUUCCCAAUGCUAUCCCAAAAGUCCCCCAUACCUUUCCCCCCACGCCCCUACCCACCCACUCCCACUUUUGGCCCUGGCGUUCCCCUGUACUGGGGCAUAUAAAGUUUGUAUGUCCAAUGGGCCUCUCUUUCCAGUGAUGGCCGACUAGGCCAUCUUCUGCUACAUAUGCAGCUAGAGUCAAGAGCUCCAGGGUACUGGUUAGUUCAUAAUUUUGUUCCACCUAUAGGGUUGCAGAUCCCUUCAGCUCCUUGGGUAUUUUCUCUAGCUCCUCCAUUGGGGGCCCUGUGAUCCAUCCAAUAGUUGACUGUGAGCAUCCACUUAUAUGUUUGCUAGGCCCCAGUCCAGAGCAUUUCUUGGCUUUCAGUUUUUCUAAAAAUGUUCGCAUGGCAGGUCCAAGAAAAAACAAUGCAUGCACUUGAGUCCUGUGACAUUUCCUUUCAUGAUCUUGGCUUCUACACAUUAUUUGCAUAACAUUGUUUGUUUCUAUUCUUAGCAUGUCUUUGUUUUAGUCUCAUUAUUUGUUUGCUUAUUGUGUUUACUACUUUUCGUACUCUUGGGAAAUGUGUUCCAUCACGAGGCAGGGCCACACCUGCCUCCGCCCAGGUAAGCGAGUCGUGUGCUCCACGUUGGAGAAACACUCCAACUUCACAGAAAAUCCUUGCUGCUACUUGAAGUUAGAAUGUCAAUUUUGUACCUCCUGAUUCAUUUCCAUAUUGUAGUAGCUACAUUUCCUUUUGAAGAGAAUAAUAAAUGAUUUUUGUCUA